AUGCUACGUCCACUGAUUCGUUCCGCCUCAUCGGAGUCUGUCUUCUAUGAUACUCUGCAAGUACCUUUCACCGGCACAGAGGAGUUGACGGCGCCGGUCCCUAUUAGCACCGUCAGUCCAAGUGGGAACAUCCGCGGUACCAUCAUCUACGCUGCGCGGUUCGUGACGACGACGAUCCUGUACACCCCGACCGGCGACGAACCGACAACGCCGGUCCCGCUGUCCACUAUCCAGCCCUCGGGGACCGUCUCCGGGACCGUGAUCAUUGGUACACCCGCGCCUGCAUCCUUCAUCACGACGACCAUCCCCUACAGCCCGACCGGAUCCGACGUCACGGGACUCGUCACGCUCACCACCUUGCCGGCGAGCGGGACACAGCCGGCGCUGGUCGUCAUCGGCUCGCCGUUGGCGCAAGCGGUUUUCAUCACGACAACAGUGACGUCUUCGGUGCCGGGCCCUACGACGGUGACGACGAUCCAACCUUCUGGCACGGAGCCUGGGCUCGUCAUCAUCGCGGUCCCCAACUCCCUGGAAUCUUCUACGACUUCAGCGACCUCGUCUGAUGCAGAGUCAACAUCUUCGAGCGAAGUCAGCUCGGAUGUGGUCUCGACCACUUCAUCAAUUCCCGCAUCGACAACCGAGAGCACCGAGAGUUCCGAGACCAGCAGCAGUACGGAAUCAAGUGUUAGUAGCACUGAUGCUAGCACUAGUAGCAGUGUCCAAGACAGCAGCAGCAGCAUCACCGAUGUAGAAUCAGCCACAACGGAUUCGACAUCUCUUGUUUCUUCUACUCUUUCGACGUCUUCAAGUGAGGUCACGAGCAGUACUGAGCCUAGCAGUACAGAGGCUAGCAACACGGGGACCAGCAGUGCAGAGUCUAGUACUAUUACAGAACCUAGUAUCACUGAAACUUCCAGCACGGGAUCAAGCAGUACAGAACUAAGCAGUACAGAGUCUAGCAGUGCCGAGAGCUCUAGCACAGAGACCAGCAGCACAGAGACCAGCAGCACGGAGUCUAGCAGCACAGAAACCAGCAAUACCGCGACCAGCAGUACCGAGUCUAGUAGUGCUGAGAACUCUAGCACAGGAUCAAGCAGCACCGUGACCAGCAGCACCGAUUCUAGCAGCACCGAGACCAGUAGUACUGAGACCAUCAGUACCGAGACCUCCAGUACCGAGUCCAGCAGGGCAGAUUCUAGCAGCACCGAGACUGGCAGCACAAGUUCAAGCACCACCGAAUCUAGCAGCACGGCGACCAGCAGCGCAGAUGCCACCAGUACUACAGAUUCUUCUAGCACGGAAGCAAGCAGUAUAGAGUCUACCAGCACAGAGUCUACCAGCACAGAGUCCAGCAGUAUUACAGAAUCCAGUAGUACCGAGACCUUCAGCACAGAAACCACCAGUAGUACAGACACCUCGAGCACGGGACUAAGCAGUACGGAGGCUAGCAGCUCAGCUACAGACAUCUCCAGUUCAGAAUCCUCGUCAGAAACAUCCAGCUCUGCAUCACAGACCACUAUCUCUACCGAUACGUCUUCAACUACUGCAGCAAGCAGCUCAUCUGAGGACGCCUUAUCAACAACAUCUGACAGUUCCACGAGUGCCAGUGAGACAACCACCUCGGACACGAGCACGGCGGAUACCAGCACAUCUGAGAUCACGCCGGCCCCGUACAUCACAUCCGAGGUCUUCGACACGUCAGUGACUGCGCCGAUCACCAUCUCCACCGUUCUGCCCACGGGAAGCUCGCCCGGCGUCUACAUCGUGGUGAACCCUGCGUCGUAUGUGACUUCAGAAGUGACCUACACCGGCUCCGAGUCUCUCACGGCGCCUUCAACCUUGUCCACCAUCCCGCCCUCUGGAACCGCGCCGGGGACCUUCAUCGUCGCUCGGCCGGCCGCCCUCUACGUCACAUCUCAACUCAUCUACACCGGCCCAUCGUCGAUUGAUGAACCUGUUCCCGUCAGCACCAUCGAGCCAAGCGGCGGAUCACCAGGUACCGUUAUUGUGGCUGUCCCUGCGUCCUUCUACACCACAUCUACGGUGAUCUAUACCGGUACCGAAGACUCAUUCGCUGUUCCUACGGCCAUCUCGACCGUGGCCCCCUCUGGCACGGCUCGUGGCACCGUCCUCUUCGCGGCCCGUUAUGCGGUGGCAAGAGUCCCGUACACGGGGACUUCGAUCAUCACGGCGCCAAUCCCCGUGGCCACGAUCCCUCCCAGCGGCACCGCGCCUGGGACAAUCGUCUACGCGGACCCUCCGACAACGGCGGACUAUGUGUUUUCGACGGUCUUCCUCACCGCUGCGGAUGCCCCCGAGGAGACGACGUUCACUUCCAUCGCACCCAGCGGCACGACGCCCGGCCUGAUUGUCGUCGGCAGGCGAGCAUUGUUCGUCACGGUCACGAGGCCUUAUACUGGAACAGACCUCCCUACUGGAGUUUCAACGGUGUCGAUAGUCCAGCCGUCCGGAACGGAGCCCGGUACGGUCUAUCUCCAAGUCCCAAUCACGACAGUAUCGGUUCCAACUACAACAGACGCGUCUAGUUCCUCGGCAUCAACUACGAGCGAGGAGACUUCUAGCGAGGUAUCCAGUAGCGAGUCUACAUUUUCGACCGAAUCAAACUCUUCUCCAGACUCUGCAACCGCAGAGACGACGUCCACUACGUCGUCGCUCUCGUCUGAUACAGAAACAACGUCAAGCACGUUCAGCAGCUCCAGUUCUGAGUCCACGUCGGUGUCAUCAGAACCGCUCUCGACCACAGCCUCUAGCUCGGAACUCGACGCAACAUCGACGACGUCGGCAAGUUCCUCGACAAGUGAGACCUCGGAAACCUCAACCGAGUCCAGCACUGAGAACGUUUUGACAUCUUCAAGCACUUCUUCCGCCUCCGAAUCCUCUUCCGAGUCCUUGGCUUCCUCUUCCACAACCAGCUCAGGCUCGCCCAGCAGCACUUCCACAACCGAGGAAACAAGCACCUCGGAGACCUCGACGAUUGAAACUAGCUCUUCGACCUCGACAACUUCCUCGAUUGAGUCAGAGUCAGGGUCUUCCAGCUCUUCAACCUCACUCGACUCUGAGAUUACUCCCUCUUUCGUCACCACCACCGUGCUGUACACCGGCAGCGAGACCCUUACCGGACCUACCCCCAUUUCGACCAUCUCACCGGUUGGCACUCAACCAGGCACCGUGAUCAUCGGGACACCGCUCUUCGCCUCUUUCGUUUCGACGACAGUCGCCUACACCGGCACCGAGGUCUUGACCGGCCCGAUCCCGGUGUCCACGAUCCCGCCCAGCGGGACUCAACCAGGCACCCUGGUUUUCGCGACCCAAGUCCUCGAGAGCAGCUCUGCCUCCUUUGUCACAACCACGGUCGCUUACACGGGCAGCGAGACUCUGACGGGACCUUCGGCCCUGACAACCAUCCCUCCCAGCGGAACGCAGCCGGGCACCGUGGUCAUUGCGACGCCUGUCUCGGAGGGCCUCGUCUCCUUCGUCACAACCACGGUCCCAUUCACGGGCACCGACGUGUUGACGGGCCCCUCGACUUUGACAACGAUCCUGCCUACCGGCACCGAGCCAGGGACCGUCGUGGUCGUCACGCCGCUCUCCUCAGCAAGCCUGGAAGCCUCCUUCGUCACCACGACGGUGGCUUACACGGGAAGCGAUGUCAUCACCGAGCCGACGCUCAUCGCCAGCAUCCCGCCCAGCGGCACUCAACCUGGAACUCUCGUUUUCGGGACUCAAGCGUCCGUGGCGCCGGCUUCCUUCGUCACGACGACCGUCCUUUAUACCGGAAGCGACACCAUCACCGGCCCCGUCCCGUUGACCACGAUUGCGCCGGCGGGAACGAACGCCGGGACAGUCGUCAUCGCCACACCGGCCUCGGAUCCCGGCUACGUCACGUCAACCGUGUUGUACACCGGAAGCGAUCCCAUCUCCGAGCCGACGGUCAUCAGCACUGUGCCGCCGGUUGGUACGACGCCUGGCACACUCAUCGUGGCCACCCCGGCUUCGGUCGAGGCGGCUUCAUAUGUCACCACCACUGUUCCAUACUCUGGAAGUGAAACGAUAACUGGCGCCAUCGCUAUAUCAACCGUUGCCCCAGUUGGAUCUACACCGGGCACAAUCAUUGUGGCCACCCCCGUGUCCGUCGAAGCAGCAUCGUACGUCACAACCACCGUUCUCUACUCUGGAAGCGACACGAUAACUGGUGUCGUCGCUAUAUCAACUGUUGCUCCUGUCGGCACAACACCCGGUACUAUCAUUCUGGCCACUCCGGCUUCCGUUGAGCCCGCUUCGUAUGUCACCGCCACUGUCCCGUACUCUGGCAGUGACACGAUAACCGGCGCCGUCGCCAUUUCGACUGUGGCCCCAGUUGGCACAACACCCGGCACGAUCAUCCUGGCCACUCCAGCGUCAGUGGAAGCCGCUUCAUACGUGACAACUACCGUCCCUUACUCCGGAAGCGAUACGAUAACCGGUGCCAUUGCCAUCUCAACCGUCGCUCCCGUUGGAACUGUACCGGGCACUGUGAUUUUUGCGACUCCGGUCUCCAUAUCCAGCUCGAGCCUUUCAGAAUCAUAUGUCACGACCACCGUCCUUUACUCUGGCACUGACACAAUCACCGGCGCCACCACCGUAUCAACCGUUGCCCCUGUUGGUUCUGCACCAGGGACAUACAUCGUGGCCACUCCAGCCUCGGUUGCGGCUGCCUCGUAUGUCACAACGACUAUCCCCUAUACAGGCAGCGAGCCCAUCACUGGCGCGACUACCUUGACCACCAUCCCCCCCAGUGGAAGCAUCGACGGGACUGUCAUUGUUGCGACCCCUGGGUCCAGCAGCAGCAGCAGCAGCAGCAGCAGCAGCAGCUCCGACGUGUCGCCGUCGUACGUGACUACCACGGUCUUGUACUCGGGGACCGAUUCCAUCACCGGCCCGGUCCCGGUUUCAACGGUCCCUCCGAGCGGGACCGUCGCCGGCACCAUCGUCUUCGCCAUCCCCGCGUCAAGCUCCGAGGAGCCUCCUGUGUCUUAUGUCACCACGACGGUGCCGUACACGGGAAGCGACACGAUCACGGGUCCGACUGUGCUGUCGACAGUCUCACCAAGCGGCGGCAAUGCCGGGACGGUGAUCGUAGCCACUCCGGUCUCGAGCUCAUCCACCUCCGAGCCCUUCACCUCGUUCGUCACCACCACGGUCUUCUAUCAAGGAACAGAGCCCAUCACCGGACCGGUGCCCAUCUCAACCAUCCCACCGGCCGGUACUACGCCCGGGACGCUCGUCAUUGCAAUUCCGUCUUCUCAGUCGUCCAGCACGACGGUAUCCGAGGCCUCAACCUCCUCUUCGGAGCCGGUUCAGUCAAGUUCGGACUCUAGCACGUCGUCGUCGUCAUCAUCAUCGUCGUCGUUGGAGCCUAGUACUUCCACGUCUGAAUCAACGACUUCGACAGCAUCGUCUGAGUCCACCACUCUCGGCGCGCCAACCAGUUCAUCGGAAUCCACAACUUCCACGUCAGAGUUCGAGUCCAGCACCACCUCCCAGUCUGCCACGAGCAGCACGUCAAGUAUUACCUCAGACUCCAGCACUUCCCCGUCCGAGUCCGAGUCCGCAACAAGUUCGUCCUCUAGCUCUGUUGCAACUACUUCAAGCUCUACAACAUCAGAAGCCGUCUCCUCGACCUCGGAAUCCAACAGUUCCACUAGCAGUUCCACAACUGAGGUCUCCACGUCAAGCUCGGAUUUCCCAACUUCAUUUGUCACCACAACCGUUCUGUACACCGAGAGCUUCAUCACAGGCCCGACUCCCCUCACGACGGUCCCGCCAAGCGGUACGUUCGCCGGGACGGUCAUUAUUGGAACGCCUCCGUCGGUCCUUGCCGCCUAUGUCACCACGACAGUCCUGUUCACGGGUAGCGAGGUGAUAACGGAGCCGACGAUCCUGACCACGGUCCCGCCCAGCGGAACGGUCUCGGGAACCGUCAUCAUCGCUACCCCGGCCUCGGUCUCGGCGACUUACGUCUUCACCACAGUCUUGUACGACGGCAGUGUUCCGAUCACCGGCCCGACAGCCCUCACCACCAUUGCGCCCAGCGGCACGAUCGCAGGAACCGUGAUUUUCGGCACCCCUGCGUCGGCCGUCACCUCGUACGUCACCACGACCGUUCCAUACACCGGAACGGAGCAGAUCACGGGGCCCAUCGCCAUACAAACGAUCCUCCCGAGCGGCACCAACGCCGGUACCGUGGUUGUGGCCACUCCCGCUCCGGCGGUCACCUCGUUCGUGACCACGACCAUCUUGUUCCAGGGGCCAGAGGAGAUCACAGGCCCGACUACGCUGACCACCAUCCCCCCCAGCGGCACGAACGCAGGCACCGUCAUCGUGGCCACCCCUGUGCCGCCGGAAACAUCGUACGUGACCACGACGGUGCUGUACACUGGUCCCCAGACCUUGGCUGGGCCGACCACUCUCUCGAGCGUCCCUCCACGCGGCACCACGCCCGGUACCAUCAUAAUCGGCACCCCGGCACCUCGAUUCGUGACCUCGGAAGUCCUGUACAGCGGCACUGGCGUCCUGACUGGGCCCAGCACCAUUUCCACGGUACCCCCGAGCGGUACGGCCGCUGGGACUUACAUCGUCGCCACGCCGGCGGCCGUCUAUGUCACUUUGGAGCAGUUCUAUACCGGAGCUGAUGGGGCCGUCUCCACGCCCACGGUGGUCUCUACCAUCCCGCCCAGUGGCACCGCGCCAGGCACUUUCAUCGUCGUCAAUCCGGCCGUGUUCGUCACCUCUCGAGUGUUGUACACCGGGACAGACACCGCCGUCACCGCUCCCACGGCUGUCUCCACGAUCCUGCCGAGCGGAAGCACACCGGGCACAAUCAUCGUGGCUAGUCCCGGCAUUUAUGUGACGUCGUCGGUGAUUUAUACCGGGACGGACCCGGCGUUCUCCGCUCGGACUACGGUUUCCACGAUUCUGCCGAGCGGAAGUGCACCGGGGACAUUCGUUGUGGUCAAUCCAGCAGUCUAUGUCACUUCGACAGUGCUUUACACCGGCACAGAUCCGGCGUUCACGGCACCCGCUCCGGUCUCGACUAUCCCACCCAGCGGCACAGCUGCUGGUACAAUCAUCGUAGCCAGUCCCGGUGUCUACGUUACCUCCACAGUGCUCUAUACCGGCACAAACCCGGCAUUCACGGCGCCGACCCCGGUCUCGACUAUUCUGCCCAGCGGUACGGUUGCCGGGACAGUCAUCGUGGCCAGCCCUGCUUCUUACGUCACGUCGUCGGUGCUCUAUACCGGGACGGACCCGGCAUUCACGGUACCGGCUCCGAUUUCAACUAUCCCACCCAGCGGGACGGCCGCCGGAACAAUCAUCGUAGCCAGUCCCGGAGUUUACGUUACCUCUACAGUGCUCUACACCGGCACAGACCCGGCGUUCACGGCACCGGCCCCGGUCUCGACUAUCCGGCCCAGCGGCACGGCUGCAGGGACCAUCAUUGUAGCCAGUCCCGCUUCCUACGUUACCUCCACAGUGCUAUACAGCGGCAGUGCAACUAUUUUCAGCCCCUCGGUGAUAUCUACGGUGCCACCCGUCGGCACGCAACCAGGCACAAUCAUUGUAGCUACGCCCGCGCCUCGCUUUGUCACAUCCCAAGUUCUGUACAGCGGUACUGAGACGCUCACGGGAGCGACGACUAUAUCAACCGUUGCGCCCAGCGGGAGCGCGGCUGGCACGUACAUCGUUGCAACUCCUGCUUCCUAUGUCACCUCCACAGUGCUAUACAGCGGCAGUGCAACUAUUUUCAGCCCCUCGGUGAUAUCUACAAUACCACCCGUCGGCACGCAACCAGGCACAAUCAUUGUGGCCACGCCUGCCCCUCGUUAUGUCACUUCGCAAGUCUUGUACACUGGCUCAGAGGCCCUUACAGGACAGACUACCUUGUCGACUAUUUCCCCCAGCGGGAGUGUGGCUGGCACUUACAUCGUGGCAACUCCUGCUUCCUACGUCACCUCCGAGGUCUUGUAUACCGGCACCGGAACACUCUCGGGCCCUUCACCAAUCUCCACGGUGCAGCCCGUUGGUACGACGCCGGGCACAAUCAUCGUGGCAACCCCGGCGCCUCGUUUCGUGACUUCCAGAGUCGUCUAUACUGGUACCGAGGCACUCACUGGAGAAACAACGCUCUCGACGGUUGCUGCCUCCGGGACGACGCCGGGCACUUACAUCGUGGCGAGCCCGGCCUCCAUCUACGUGACUUCCACCGUUGUGUACACUGGCUCAGACACGAUCUCGGAGCCGACAGUGAUCUCGACGGUCCCUCCCGUUGGAACGAGGCCAGGCACCAUCAUUCUGGCAGCUCGCUAUGUCACGUCCUUGGUAGACUACCAGGGCACCGUCCCGAUCACGGGCCCCACGGCGAUAUCGACGGUCGGGCCCUCGGGCACGGCACCGGGUACCUUCAUCAUCGCCACCCAAGCAGCCAUCUUCGUCACGUCUUCAGUCCAGUACUCUGGAUCCGGCACGAUCAGCGGCCCCUCGGCCAUCUCGACGAUCCCGCCCGUCGGCACGCGGGCCGGCACGAUCAUCGUGGCCACUCCGCCCCCGGAACCCUCGUACAUUACGACGACCAUCUUCCUCACGGCCUCCGACGCGCCCGAGACUACCACCGUCGCGUCCAUCCCGCCGAGCGGCACGAACCCCGGCACGAUCGUCGUGGGCAGGCGAGCAGUGUUCGUGACCGUCGUCGGCCCCUACACCGGGACGGCGACCUGGCACGGUGUACGUGCAGACACCGACGACGACGGUGGCGAGGUCGACAACGGCUACGUCCAGUUCAUCCUCGACCGUGACUUCCACCAGCACUACUACCUCAUCACCGUCGAGUACUGCGUCGAGUACUGCAUCCUCGACAAGUUCGAGCUCGUCUUCUUCCAGUUCCUCAUCAUCGCCUUCGAGCUCGGCUUCAUCUACAAGCUCAAGCUCGUCCUCAAGCUCGCCUGCUGGCACUGCCAUCAACACACUGCUGACGACGUCCACCGGUUCCACGCUCUCUACACUGACGAGGUCCACUUCCUCAUCCACGUCGUCUACUUCUCCUGCUACUUCCUCCUCCUCCUCGACCUCGUCGUCGUCCUCGUCUUCGUCUCCGUCGUCGUCGUCGUCGUCCUCUCCUUCCACCUCUCCUUCUUCAUCCAGCACUUCAUCUCGAACUUCUACAACAAGUACUACCACGUCGUCGUCGAGCUCUUCCUCUUCAUCCUCAAGCUCUUCAUCUUCAUCUUCAACCUCUCCUUCUUCGUCGUCGAGCAGUUCAUCCACUACCUCCUCUUCUCGGACUACAACCACCACCACAACCUCACCGUCCAGCUCUUCGUCCAGCUCUUCAUCCAGCCCCUCUUCAACUUCUUCUUCGACUUCUUCGUCAAGGACCAGCAUAGCAGCAGCAGCAGCAGUAGCAGCUCAUCGUCCACCCGCAUUGUCGCUUCUGCUACGCGUGGACCUGCCUUCUCCUGUCCUACAACUGGCUUCCUCAUCCAGACUCGCACGCUCUUCUCUCUGAAUCUCGCUUCCGGUGCCCGAACCCAGAUCGCCGACAACAUCGGUGGCGAUACGAAUCGCAACAUCAACGCCAUGGGUUACAACGCCAGGGAGGAGUACCUCUACGCGGUCAGCCAGGACAGCGACGACUACAAGGUCAUCCGCAUUCUCGCCAACGGCUCAACGCAAGACGUCGCACCGAUCAGGAAGCUCACGCCGAAUCUGUUCAAUUCGGGAGACGUCGACGAGAACGGCCAGUACUGGAUCUCGACCGGCGGUUUGGAUUGGUACCAGUACAACUUGAACCCGGGCACGGCUGGCUACGGCACCCUCGUCGGCAGCGGAACCCUUGCCGGCACGGGCGGUUACACAAUCGGCGACUGGACAGUCGUCCCCGGCGCCGGCGGUGGUGAUCUGUGGUCCCUCGGUGUGAGCGGGAAGAGCGCGUUCCUCCUGCGCUGGAACAAGACCACCAAGCUCUUCACGGUCGUUCGCGAGCUCGGCAACCUGACGGGCGCCUCCGGAACGACGGUUCCCUUCUGGGGUGCCUCCUACGCGACGAACGACGGCUUCCUCUUCGCCGUCGAGAACGGGAGUGGCCAGAUCUGGCGUAUUUCCGUGGCCGGCACCGUUCCCAACCUCAGACUGAACGACGCUCCGGCCAGUAGUCAAAACGACGGUGCAAGGUGCUUAGACUCGGGCGCCAUCGCUGUCUGA